AUGAGCGGUCCAGACGACAGAACGUUUACUUCGUCAUUCGAGAUCGAUUUACUCAACGCAAAGUCUCAGCCUGUCGCCGACACCAAUGAAUUCCCGGAAAGUAACCACUACCUGACCCUCAGCAGCUGGGCCACCGACUAUUGCGAUCCUUCGAACAACGCUGGUCACUGGACUGGAACCACCAAUGUCAGCCGAUGUCUGUAUUUCCGUUCCGGUACGCGGUCUGUUUGGAUCCAGGAAGCCGUUGGCUGCGAGGCUUCUGGGGCAGUCGACUGUGCUGGUAACGGAAUGACGGCAAUGUCCACUGGCCAUUGCUUCGAUAUCCCACAGCCGUAUGCGAUAAUCGUCACCUGUACCUGA